UUGCGUGUUAUCGCGAAAUGUGAAACUAGAGUUAUUUUAAAGUUUAUCAAGGUUCACUUAAGUUUUAACCUUGCUUUGCGAGUGGUUUUUUAUACGCUGACCACUUUUUAUCGUCCAUCAAAGCUGUUAACAAAUAUAGUACAAAAUCUAAAAAAUGCCGCGAAACUUUUCCUUACUUGUAAUAAGUUUUCAACUUAUAAUUUUUGUUCAAUGCGCUAAACGUUUCCACUUGGGUCGAAGUAAAGGAGGUAAUUUAGGAGCACCAGCAGGCAUUAAAGGCGUAACACUGCCCCCUGAACAAUGGUUUGUCCAAAAGUUGGACCAUUCCAGUCCUACUGACAUGAGGACUUGGAAACAGCGCUACUUUGUCAAUGAAAGUUUCUAUGACUUCAACAAUCCUGGGCCUAUUUUCUUGAUGAUUGGUGGCGAAGGCCCUGCAAAUGCGAAGUGGAUGGUCCAAGGGGCUUGGAUUGAAUAUGCUAAACAAUUCAAUGCUUUAUGCAUACAAUUAGAACAUAGGUAUUAUGGAAAAAGUCACCCAACAAUGGAUCUCAGUACCAAAAACUUGCUAUACUUGUCCUCGCAUCAAGCCCUUGCCGAUUUAGCAAACUUCAUAUCAGCCAUGAACGAUAAAUACAAGUUUAAUAGAGAGGUAAAGUGGAUUGCCUUUGGUGGAUCAUACCCUGGGUCGUUAGCAGCAUGGCUCCGUCUGAAGUACCCACAUUUAGUACACGCUGCAAUAUCAUCUAGUGGACCUCUUUUGGCUAAAGUUAAUUUUAUGGAAUACUUUCAAGUUGUCGUGGAUGCUUUGCGUGAAAAAACCGGCGAUGAAGACUGCGUUACUCAAGUGAAAUUGGCUCAUCAACAAAUCGAAACUAUGAUAAAGGCGGAUCCUGCGACAAUUGAAAAAGAGUUUAAAUUAUGCAAACCGUUCUCGAAAGCUUCAAUAAAUGAUAUGAAAAAUUUCUACAAUUCGAUAGCAGACGAUUUUGCUGAUUUGGUCCAAUACAACGAAGACAAUCGAAUUGGUCACGAUAUGAAACGCAGGACAACUACGAUCAAUUCGGUGUGCAGUAUGAUAACAAAGCAUCCUGAGAAACCCGCCUACAAGAAGUUAGCUGAAUUCAACUCAAUCGUUCUGAAAGAAGCCAACGAAACCUGUUUGGACUACGAUUAUGACAACAUGAUCAAUGAACUUAGAAAUGUCUCUUGGGCAUCAGAAGGAGGUCGUCAGUGGAUGUAUCAAACGUGUACAGAAUUCGGAUUCUACCAAACGUCAUCCGGUGAAGUGGAAAUCUUCGGCAAUCAGUUCCCACUUGGUUUCUUUAUACAACAAUGUCAAGAUGUCUUCGGUCCAAAUCGUGCUAAAACUCGAAAACCCAAGACUAAUUUAGAUCUUGAAAUAUUCGCUGAAGUCUAG